UCAGCUGGCUCCAGAAGGAUGCUUGGUGUGGCUUUGGGCAUCGGGGUCCUGCUGGCCCUGGUGGGCUGCACAGCCACCGAGGACUGUGUGGCCCCACAGGAUAAGGUCUCCCAGCUGCUCCAGCACCUGGAGGAAUCUGUAAAUUUCGAGGAGGCGGCAAAUCCCAGUGUCCUGCUGGCCAUGAACCUGGCUGGGGGGGACAGCAACGGUCCCAUCCACAAGUGGCUGCUGCAGGAGAUCAAGGACGAGGCAGUGAGGAGAGCUCAGAAAGACAUGACCUCGGGACAGGUGGCUCUGCACGUCCUCGCCCUCCUCUCCUCCUGCCAGGAUCCCCAGAGUGUCCAUGCCCUGGAGCAGACCCUCGACCUGAUCCGUGUCCUGCAGCAGAAAACAGAUGAGGAGAUGGCCAAACUGGAGGCUGAGGGGAUUCCCAAAACUACCCUGUACAGCGUGGGCCUGGACACCCUGGCCCUGUGCCUGGCUGAGGCGGAUGGUGCCCAAAGGCCAUCAAAGGCCCUGGCCAAGCAGGUGCUGAACCCUGAGAGCCCCAUCUCUGUGGACACCCAGGCCAUGGUGGCACUGGCACUGGCCUGCACCUACAACUACAUGGAGCACCAGAACGAGCAGGAUCUGCUCUGGGAUGCACUUUGGACAGUAAGCAACAGCUUCCUGGAUGAGCAGAAGGAGAGGAAUGGCAUGAUCGGAAAUAUCUACAGCAUGGGGCUGGCCCUGCAGGCACUGGAGGCCACAAGGAAGUUUUACGCCCCACGGGAGUGGGACUGUGCCCAGGCCUUCUCCAGGGUGUACGCCCACGACUACCAGCAGCCCAUGGCCAUCGCCCAGGUGCUGCCAGCCCUGGUGGGCAGGUCCUACCUGGAUGUGGCUGGCCUGGACUGUGCUGCCACCAAGAAUAUGUCCCCAGGCCGACAGCUGCCCCUGCCGCCAGUGCUGGGGACACACGGCAUUCCCAGAGCCCUCAUCCAAGUGCAUUACUCCAUCACCAACACACUCCAGGGAAUACCCUUCCACUACUUCAUCUUAGUGGAAGUCCCAAGUGACUCCACUCUGCUCCGGGUGAUGGAGGUGGCAGCACAGGAGGAUCCCCAAAACUUUAGCUUCCAGAUGGAGCAGACAUCCUGGGGUCCCUACGUGACCUCCAUCCAUGGGCUGGCUGGCAGCACGGAGGACAGGACCUACUGGCAGUUCCUCAGUGCUGGGAAUGCCCUUGAUGAAGGGGUUGGGACCUACAAACCACAGGAUGGGGAGCACAUCGAGGCUGUCUUCAGCACCUACUGAUGCCACCAAGACACCCUGGACCCCUCCAUGGAACAAUAAAGUGCCAUUCCAGCAUGUCCCUCUGUGUGUGUCUCUGGGAGAAAACACAGCUCACAUCCCUUCUGUCUUCCUUCCUGCUUAAUUCCAUGAGCUCAGCUCCUCUCCUUCUCUUCCCCAGCACCACACACAAGCACAGCCUCACCCAGAGUCCAUGGAGUCAAUUCCCUCUUGGACAUCCACAAAGCCUUUCCCCAGCUGCCAUGGGCUUGUUCCUCCAGGCACAUUGCUGUGCUUCAGUUCAACCUAUUCUGAUCCCCACACCAACUCUCAUGGCAUGAAUCAGGUGCAAUUAUCUCCAUUUGAUUAUCACAAUGCCAAUUAGCAUCAGCCUCAGGCCACCAGUCGCAUUUCCUACCCCGGAAAUCCGCAGAUGGUGGCCUGGGGUUGCAGCUGAUUCUAAUCC